AUGGCAGACUCUGGCAGUUCCAGCGUCCCAAAAUACUUCGUCACUUCAGCACGUGUUGGCUUUCGUCUUUGGCCUGAGAAUGAUGUCAGCUUGGCAUUAGCAUUUUGGGGCGACCCAGAAGUCACUUGCUAUAUUGACGCGCGUGGUGCCCUGGAUGUGACCGAGGUGGGGCAAAAGGUAUAUGCCGAGUUGCAAUCACAAGCUGAGUACGGUAUACAGCACUGGUCAAUCUUCCUGGAAGAGAAUGUGCGUUCCAUGGACAUUGAAAACAGCGCUAUGGAGUUUGGAAUUCAUUUGAGACGCGAUUAUUUGGGGUCUGGGCUGGCUGCCGAAGCUAGCCGUGCCGCUAUUGAUUAUGCAUUUGCGCACCAACAUGUUACAGAACUGUUUGCAGGUCACAAUCCAUAA